AUGCUAUUUGCUUCCACACGCAUUAGGAACAUUACAAAGAGUGCACCGCUCCACAACCAGAUGAGAAAACUCCACAAGCAGUCAGCAGCUCUACGGAGGUUCCACUGCUCUAGCACUGGUCAGUCUCGCGCAAAGAAGUGCGAAAUGUGUGAAAGUACAGAAAUCAGUCAGCAGCUCUACGGAGGUUCCACUGCUCAGCACUGGUCAGUCUCGCGCAAAGAAGUGCGAAAUGUGCGAAAGUACAGAAAUCAGAAAAUGCCAGGGAGUAAUGGUCUAAAUAUCAUGCCAGAAAAAGAGAACGGAUUGAUGGCUACCCCCAACUUCAUGACGUUCCUGGCCAAAAUGCUGUUGAACGCCGAGUCAGUGGUACCACCAGAUGCCUCGUGA